GUCUCGCUCGACGUGAGUCUCACUCUUGCAUCGACCCUGCUACCGAAGACACAUAUUGUGCGUACAUACACCGUCUCAAGUUGCCUCCUCUCGAAAAACGGUCUGAUUUAUAACGAGACAAUUCAAUCCAGUUAUUACACAUUCGGUUGUUGUCCAUUGUCCAUUUAUGGUUGUGCGUGGCGUGGCGUGCUCUUUCUUCUUACAGGAUUGACAAUCAAUCAAUCAAUUCGUAUAAGUAGACAUCGAUAUUCAAGUUGCACUACUGGGAACACAAUAAUAACAAUUGUGCAUUAUAUUAUAUCCCGUUGCAUAAUAUUAUUUCUCCGUUACGACAUGUAAAUCCGCCCCUGUGAGUAUUGUCUGAAUCGUAGUGCACGGAAAAGAAGGUAGUGACACUUUCCAAGUAAAUAUUGUCGCGUUAUUAUUAAUUCAGGAGACAAUUUGGAAAAUACAAUUUGGAAAAAGAAAUUAGACCUGGAUUUUGAAGGGAAUUAGUAAGACAAGGAUAUUGAUAUAUGUACAUUUGCAAAUUUCUGUAAGGAGGACGUGUAAUUGGGGUAAGAAAAUGGCUAAAUAAAACCCACGUGCGCGUAAAACCAGUAAUGAAAAACUUAUCGCGAGUGGUCAUUUCUAAUAAAGAAGAAAAAGAAGAGUAAUUUCGACAGUGCGUCAAUUUAGACCUUAAACUAAACCUGGUGGUCGGACGGAAUUAUAUAAUUACAUACGCGGAAGAAGAAGAAAACAAAUCAGUCGUGGUCUUUUUGUAGAGAAAAUAAUGUCAAUGUGACUACAAGGUUGAUACACAUAAAGCUGGUUCUACUUUAUUUAUUCCUGUCGGAACGCUUCAGCUAUUAAAUUCCUACUGUAAAAAAAUGUACAUUGUUGCUGAUAAGACAGGAACCGUUUAAGUGAUCGAUACCAAUUUCAAGCCAAGUAAAGAAAAAAAAAGUUUUCGUGAAUGGGUGGGUUUUUCUAGUUUGAAAGAAAACUUGGAAUUUGGAACGAAACUAGAAAAUAGUGCAGAUAAUUGGUAGUUUCGACGAGUGAAGGAAAAAGUGGAAGUUUGGUGGCGACACAAUUUUCACCCCUUUUUCGUUAUCACUCUUGUUGAUAGAGUCGACGAAAACAAGUAAUUCGUGUUUCUUAAGGAGUCUCAUAUUUCCCGAGGAAUUAAGCGAUCGAUCAGUUCGCAAAAAUGUCACGUCGCCACGGUCACUUUAGUGAAGAUCACCACCAUCAUCCCGACGCCCUGCCUCGCAUCCGACCGUACGGGGCACACCUCUCGACGUCCAGCAGCACCAGCAGCAGCGGUGGGUCGGGUAGUUACUACUCCUCCACGUCGACCAGUUCUGGUCACUCGAGCAGCAGCAUGGACAGCAUUCGACACCCGCACCUUCACAGCUACAGCUACAACAGCUACAACAAUUCCAGUGAAGUCGCCCCCCUAGCGCCACCCACACAACUUCCUAGAAUCGUGGUGCCAAACCCGAAACCAGCCCCACCGCCGCCACUUUUUCCGCGGACGGACGACCUCUCCAUCUUCACCUUCCUCAUGGCCAAGUUCGCCUCGCCGCAUUUGUCCCACUUGCCCGAGGAGACGACGACCUGCGUCCACAUGCCGCACUGUCACUGCCACUCGUCCCCCAAUAACAAGAGGUUCGUGGGUGGAGGGAUUUCCUCGUCCUCGUCCUCCUCCUCCUCCGACCUGGCCACGUCGUACGUCGGAGGGGACGAGGAGUGCUGCUCGUGCGACUGCCCGUUGGGGAAACACUGUCAAAACUCACUGUUUGGACAUAAUUCGUACAGUUUACUCAAAUGUACGAAUUUGGAGGGUUGUUUGAUCAGAUCGUUGGAAAGAGGAGUAUUAUUUCCCGUCAUCCACUGGUCCGCGUAUCCAGCCCCACCGCCGAACAACCUCCACCCAUCCUACCUCAAUGGCAACAAUCCUUUCGGAACUGGCAGCCCCACCGCGUUUAACCAAGGUGUCUACCGUGAGUUGAAGAGAUGCACCCCACCCGACGCUUGGAUCCAUCACAAUCAAGACGUCAAGGAACCAAAUUACGAUUCUGUGUCGACAUCGCCCACUUCGUCGUCGUCAUUGUCGUCCUCCUCCUCAAAUUCGUCGCCCUGUUCUCCACCGCUACCACCACCACGUCCCCUCAAGGCCCGUCCUACAUGGCUCAUCUUGGGGUACAAGAGUCUCGAGAAGACGCUGGACCCCAUGCUCCUCGCCACCUGGAAAGACUGGACCGGAACGAGACACAUUUACCUCAACCUUCGUCACGACUUUGACAUCCAGCGGAUCUCCUUCUUCCACAAAGUCUCGCCCCGUGACAACCUCGACCUUUUCAUGUACGUCGUCACAAUGGAGAUCGGCAACGUGACGGAGGACAACGUCAUGUGGUUGUUGGAUUUCGUCCAGCGCACACGCGUCGAGCGGAUGAAGGGCUAUCUCACCGUGUACACGGAGGUUGUUGAGGAACGGGACACGUUUCCCAUGCUGGGCGACGACUACUUCAAGUACCUGAACGUCCCCGGGGACAGGACGAGAAAGCCGGCACCACUUCCGGUCUAUAAUCGUCACAGGGAGGGUAAAGAUGGGCAAGAAUGCGACCACGAGUAUGACCACCCGUCCAAAAAGUUUAUUGAAAAGUUACUCCAAGAGUUGCCCCUGGUGGAGUAUUACUGAAAAUUUUGAUGAAAUGUGGACAUGAAAUUUACUGGCAGAAUUUGCUGCAUAAUUCGUGCCCACAAUAUUCAUGGGUGCUGCGACGAGUGAAAUGAAAUUAUUAUGGUUGCCAAUAUUUUUUUGCGUGAGGAAUAAAUCUGUGAAUCUUAAAAUCAUGGUCACCUCUUUUUAUUCACACAAGUUAAAUGUUUAAGUAUAAUGUAAUAAUUCAGAUAAAUGAAUGUAUACGAAUUAUAUAUUGUCUUCUUCUUCUUGGGAAGAGCUGUCGUUUAAAUAAAUAAAUAAAUCUGUUCAUAAA